AUGGAUUCACAGUUGCAGCUCACGGAACUACCUACGUGUUUUUGGCGGCCACUGGCGAUCGCACUGAAAAGCAUCUUCAGCAAUCGAUUCCCGGUUAAACUUGGACAUGAUGAUUGCAAGGCGAAGAACCGCAUUUCACGACUUUCAAAUGGGAGUGAAAUAAGAAAGUGCUAUCGCUGCAGAUGGAAAAGGGGUAUUCGAUUGAAGAAGCGUCUGAACGAAGCUAUUGUCGUUGUUACGUUCACAGACCUGUCGAACAUUGUGCGUUUCCUGAAUGCCGGUGAAACUCAUCAUCGCCUAGAUGCUCCGUUGACUGUGGGCGAAUAA